CACACGGCCCAUGAAUGUGGCGCAUCAUCGGGCGGCGUGGGGGAUAUAGUCUUACCGGUGUUCCAGGGUUUGUUUGUUUGUAGGCAAUUUACCUCUCACGCUCCGGUAGAAAAACCCUAAUUUUAAAUCAGGAAUGGUGCUCAGAAACCAUACCAUUUGCUACGAAAUCGCAAAAUCUCUGGAGAAAGGGAGAAAUUUAGGGCAAGAAAUCAGAAGAAGGAUCUCGAGCUUGAAAGUGGUAUGGAAGAAGGACAGGAAGCUGGACGAAGCGAUCGAGCAGGACAAGCGUUACAAGCUGUGCGCUCGGGUGGUGAAAGAAGUGUUGAACGAGCCAGGUCAAGUCAUUCCGCUCAGAUACCUCGAGAAACGGCGCGAGAGGUUACGCCUCAAUUUCAAAGCAAAGAGCUUCGUUGAGAUGAACCCUUCUCUGUUCGACAUCUACUACGAUCGCAUCAAACCCAAGUCCGAGCCCGUUCCUUUCAUCCGCCCCACGCCCCGUCUCAGGGCUUUCCUCGACCAUGAGCAGAGGAUUUACGCCGACAAUGAGCCCUUAAUUGUUUCCAAGCUCUGCAAACUGCUGAUGAUGGCCAAAGACAAGGUCAUCAGUGCCGAUAAACUGGUUCAUGUCAAGAGAGAUUUUGGAUUCCCCAAUGAUUUUCUUGUCAAAUUGGUUCAGAGAUACCCAAACUAUUUCCGGUUAACGGGUCUACCCGAACAAGGCAAGUCCUUUCUCGAGCUCGUCGACUGGAACCCAGAUUUCGCCAAAUCGGCUAUCGAGCAGAGAGCAGAAGAAGAAACCCUUCGAACCGGAGUCCGUGUCCGACCCAAUUUCGAUGUGAAGCUGCCGUCUGGGUUUUUCCUGAGGAAGGAGAUGAGAGAGUGGACUAGGGAUUGGUUAGAGCAAGACUACAUAUCGCCAUACGAGGAUGCGUCUCAUCUGGAUCAAGCUUCCAAGGAAAUGGAGAAAAGAACCGUUGGUCUUGUCCACGAAUUGCUGUCUCUCUCGCUGCUCAAGAGGCUCCCCGUGCCUAUACUCGGCAAGUUCUGCGACGAAUUCCGCUUCUCAAACGCAUUCUCGAGUGUUUUCACUCGCCAUUCAGGUAUCUUCUACUUGUCGCUCAAAGGAGGGAUCAAGACUGCUGUACUGAGGGAAGCUUAUAGAGAGGAUGAGCUUGUUGAUAGAGAUCCUUUGCUUGCUAUUAAGGAUAACUUCCUGAGGCUCUUAGAGGAAGGUUGGCAAGAGAGGAAAGAUAAGUUGAAACAGCAGAGGGAACAAGUUCACAAAGACAGAGAGAUUUUGUUAGUAGCCAAAACCAAGCAACCUGAGGAGCCGGACCGUCUCUGUGAUUAAUUCUGUCUUAAAAUCGCAGUCUGAUUACAGCUGAACGCACUUGUUUCAAUCACAUGGAGCUAAAACGAUGUGCAGAGUGACCAAAUGAUGCAUGUUUUUCAAACCGUUCUUGGUCUAAAAGCAGUUGCUAGACUUGUUUUUUAAAGCUAUCAUCUUUUCAGAUCUUAAUCAAGAAUCAUCUUGGAGAUUAGGAUCAAUCAGUUCAACACUCUAUAUGUGUUCCCAUUUGAUCAAUCCAAGUUAU